ACAUUGACUAAACCCAGCCCAGCCGAAUAACCUAACUAAAAAUAGCACCUGUACCCCAAACCCUAAUUCUGUAAACCUAUCGUAUAAAAGCUUUUCUUUCAGAUUUCUCCUUUUUCUAGCAGCUCCGUCACACACAGAGGGAGAGGAGAAAGAAAACCCGGCAAAAAUGGUGAGUUUGAAGCUUCAGAAACGGCUCGCCGCCGAUAUUCUCAAGUGUGGUCGUGGCAAGGUCUGGCUUGAUCCUAAUGAAGGCAGUGAGAUCUCCAUGGCUAACUCUCGUCAAAACAUUAGGAAGCUGGUUAAGGAUGGAUUCAUUAUCAGGAAGCCUACCAAGAUUCACUCUAGGUCUCGUGCUCGCCGCAUGAAAGAGGCCAAGAGGAAGGGUCGUCACUCUGGAUAUGGUAAGCGUAAGGGUACUAGAGAGGCAAGGUUGCCGACCAAGGUAUUAUGGAUGAGAAGAAUGAGAGUUCUUAGAAGGUUGCUCCGCAAGUACAGGGAGUCGAAGAAAAUUGACAAGCACAUGUAUCACGACAUGUACAUGAAGGUCAAGGGUAAUGUGUUUAAGAACAAGCGAGUACUUAUGGAGAGCAUCCAUAAAACUAAGGCUGAGAAGGCUAGAGACAAGACUUUGUCCGACCAAUUUGAGGCCAAGCGCGCCAAGAACAAGGCUAGCAGGGAGAGGAAAAUGGCUAGGCGAGAAGAGCGUCUGGCAAAGGGACCGGGUGGUGAGAGUGCACCCGCACAACCUGUAGCUGCUGCACCUGCCGCUGCACCCAAGCCACAAGCCCCCAAGAAAGCAAAGAAGUGAAGGGACAGAGAUCAAAACUGACAAGGAAGUUUUAGGGUUAGUCUACGACUUUACGUAGACCUUGUUAUUUUGUCAACAUAGUACUAUUUUUGCAGCUGAUAUGUUUUGUGGAUCUUUUUAUCUUGUGACUGAGAUAGAGGUACUUGAUAAAACCUUAGUACUUGGUAAUGUAUUACUUUCUUUACAUGUUAAAAUCGUUUUUAUUAUAACCA